AUGCAGCGAUGGCUCAACAUCUCCACCGGUACUUUGUGCGUGGCGGUGUUCCUCAGUGCCCAACUGGUCGGCGGACAAAGCGAUUCGCAGCUGGAAGGUGGUGGCCACACGGCGGCUUGCAACUUCAUUUGGCAAGAGCUUGUGAAAGUCUCAGAGCAGACCUGCUUCGACGAGCUUCCCAAGUUCCUUUGCUGCCACCAACCGCCCAGCAUCGGUUGCUUCAGAGAUGAAACUCACCGAGACCUUUGUUGCGAGGCACCAUUCUCGUCGAAGGUCGUGGCACAGGACUACCUCGUGGCCAUGGUGAUACGAGAACAGGAGCUGCUACAGCGACACUGCCCUUUCGCCUCGGCAUUGACGCAACUGGUGCCAUAUCAACAUGAAGAGCUGAAAAUGUCGAAGAAGGCCUUGCUGCAGCACGAGUUGAUUUUCUUGGCCAGGGCUAUGAGCUUUGCCGGUGCUGGCUGGAGCAACCUGCUGCAGAGCAAGUGGCCGGUCUUCGGCAUCCUGCGCCGGGUGCGUGAGCGACUCUUUCAGCCAGGCAUGCCAGCACAGAGCAACACCAACAGCUACUACAAGCAGCUCGAUGCGUCUGCAGACACGUCUUUGGUUCUAGCCUUGUCAAACCUCAACUCCUCGGAUGAUUGCCUUGCGGCCGUGACGGCACGUUUGCACUUGGCGCUGCUGGCGGAGGCAACGCCGGACGUGUCUGGCUUCGCACAGUCGCCGCAGGCGCAAUUGGUGGAUGCCGCCGAGCAGGAAGCGGUGCGCUGUGAUCGGAAGCUACUGCCCAGGCUACAGAGGCUUCUCACUAGUCGGGCGCCCAUCCUGAAACUGCUGCACGAGAUUUGGCAGAAGUUGCGGCCACGAGGUUGGACACAUUUGGCCGACCAAGCGUUGGCUCGAAAGCCCACGUCUCUCACGCUCAACGCUUGCUUGUGUGAAUUGGACUGGCAGUUCGAGCUCGUGAACGGGAGCCACUCGAAGAUGACUUUGGCUGCUGUGACCCCUAUGGCACGAAGGACUUCUUCUGCCGGACUCAGCCUGGGUGCUAUCAGGCCUUCGACAGCUGCUUUCCGCGCAAGCCGAAGAUCGGGGGCCCAGGCCUCGCAUCGUUGGCGGUAG